AUGGCAAAAGAGUUCUCUAUCCGAGAAGAAACCCAAAGUAGGAGAUCGGGAAGUAAGACUGUUGCUAAGGUGGAAAGUUGUGAAGAGUCAAGGUUAGUUGCUGAAGUAAAGGCACUCUCGAAGCAAAUGAAUGAAAGGUUUGACAGCCAAGAUGCAAGGUUCAAGAGCAUAGAAAGAGAUGUUAAUGUCAUAGCCGAUGGAUGCUACUACUGUGGAGACAUGCACUAUUCAGAAGAUUGCCCGGACAAGUCGGCUCAGGAAGUUUGUUAUGUGCAGAAUCAGCAGCAGGGAAACUUUAACCAGAACACCGGUUAUCAAAACCGGCAAUCAGGUACUUCUUAUCCCUCAUCUUCUUUUAACACUAACGAUUCUGGGUUUAGUGGGAACAGGUUUAGCAGGUUCAACAAUCAGCAAAACGCAACCGUUGAAUUGAGAGACAUUAUGAAGGACUUGAUCAGUGCUCAGAAAGCAACUAACGACAAAGUGGAAGAACAAUCCAAGAAGAUGCAUUCUGCAUGGGAUUCUAUGACUACUCGUCUGGACGGUUUGGCUCAUAAGUUGGAUCAAAGUACAAAGAGCACUCAAGCUACGUUCCAGGAUUUGGAAGCUAAGAUCGAAAGGCUAGGGAAUCUAAAUAGGCAGCCCGGUACUCUACCGAGCAAUACUCAACCUAACCCUAAGCCACAACUGAACAACCAAGGAUCGGGACCGAAAUACACUCCUCCGAAUGCUCGAAAAGAAUAUGUUAAUGCAAUCACAACUCGAUCAGGUAACACUUAUAACUCAGUUAAUCUUUUCCCUAAUAAUGUUACCCCAAUUGUGCAGGUACAUGAAGAAAAGGAGCAGGUUGAUGAAGAAGUAGAGAUGGAGCCGAACCCAACCGUGCAGAAUCCGGCAGUUCCAUCUAAACAGGCUGAAAAACUGGAAGUAAAGCCUUACAAGCCAAAAAUUCCAUUCCCUCAGAGAUUGGUGAAAGAGAAGCUAAAGAAGCAGAUGGAGAAGUUUGUAAGUCAUCUAAGUAAGUUGCACAUUAAUAUACCAUUUUUAGAUGCAAUUGUGCAGAUGCCAGGUUAUGCAAAGUGUUUGAGGCAAAUCUUGAUGAAUAAGAAAAAUCUGGCGGGGGUGACAACUACAGUGCUUGAGGAUGUUUGUUCAGUAGCAGUGACAGGUAAGUUACCUGAAAAACGGAGGGACCCAGGUAGUUUUACUAUCCCUUGUACGAUUGGUAAUUUAUCAGUUAAACGCGCGUUAAAUGAUUCGGGAGCGAGUAUUAAUCUCAUGCCUUCAUCGAUUUAUUCUAAGUUGAAUUUAGGAGAACCAAAACCAAUUAAAAUGAAAAUCCAUUUGGCCGAUAAAUCUUAA